GACGUGAUGAUCCGUUUCGUCCGCUGGCUGUGGGCUGUGGCUGCGGCGGCAAGAGCAACCACGUCCGUUUAUAUCUAACCGCAAAGACCCAUUGCCCCGGUCUCAAAGCUUGUGUUUAUUUCAGCCAGUCACCAAACUGUCAUUCAGCCUUGAAACACAAUACACUACACAGAUCGAGCUCGCUAGAUCCCCAUCGAUCGGCAGCCAGCUAGCUAGCCAAUGACAAAGAGGCGGCCGGCGGCGCUGGUGCUGGCGGUGCACGUCCUCUCGCUGGCAUCCAUAUCCCUCGUCCUCCUCUGGUGCAUCAGCUUCCGCGGCGGCUUCGCCUUCCGCUCCGGCAAGAACAAGCAGCUCAUCUUCAACAUCCACCCGCCGCUCAUGCUCCUGGGCCCGAUCGCCAUGUCGGCCCAGUCCAUCCUCCUCUACCGCAACCCGCCCUCCCUCCUCCCGUCCGCCGCGGCCCACGAGGCCCGCAAGCAGGUCCACCUGGCGCUCCACCUGCUGGGCCUGGCCGUGGGCGGGACGGGCCUGUACGCCGUCUUCAAGUACCACGCCGAGGCCGCCAUCCCGCACCUCUACUCGCUCCACUCCUGGCUCGGGAUCGCCGUGUUCUCGCUCUAUCUCGUCCAAUGGCUCGCCGGGUUUCUCGCCUUCUUCUUCCCUGGGCUGCCCAGGACGGAGGCCCGGCGGGCGGCCGUGCCGUGGCAUGCUGCGGCGGGGCUCGUGUUGUUUUCGCUGGCUGUUGGGACUGCCGUGCUUGGGUUCCUGGAGAAGCUCACCUUCUUGCAGGCGCCUCCUGCUAGGAUUGUGGGUAAUAAGUUUGGGGCGGAGGCGCUGCUGGUCAACUUCACGGCCGUUGUUGUUGUGCUGCUCGGCGUCGCCGUCGUGCUCGCCACCGUCGAUGUCGGCGCCGGCAACAGAAACAGAGACACCAAGUGAGUGGAUCGAGAUGCGCUGAGUAUCCAUCCUGCAGAGGCACCCCGGCCGUAUUGUACAAUCUGUUCGGUCGAAUUUGUGUUGGUGCUGUAAGUUGUGUUGAUGGGGAGGAUUGGGAAUCUGAGCUGAACAAUAUAUAUACGCAUGCACGUGUGUUCGUGUAGAGGAUGAGCAUAAGAGAGAUGGUUAUUUUCCUUUUCA